UCAGAUCCUUGUCAGCAUGUGACAGGAUUAUUGAUUUAAAAUCUCUCACUUCUGCAUGACACAAACGGCUAACCAUGAAGGUUAAGCUGUGGAGUGUGACGCUGCUGUGCUUUGCAUUAUUAUCCCUUUCACACGAUGCCCGAAGUCAGUACAGAAGAAACCAAACGAAAAACCUGACCACGAAAGAUGGAAAGGUGCUGGUGUGUGCGCUGGAGUUGGCCUUCCUCCUGGACAGUUCAGAGAGUGCCAUGUCAUACCGUUUUGAGAAAGAGAAGGAUUUUGUGCGUUCAUUUGGUGCCAGGGUGGUGAAGAUGCAGGUUCCUGACUGGCACCUGAUACCCCGCCUUGCUGUUCUCCAGUACAGUAGCUCUGUGUCCAUUGUCCAGAGCUUCUCCAACUGGAAUGGACUGGAUAACUUCCUGGCCAGUGUGGGCUCCAUGGCCUACAUCGGACAGGGCACAUACUCAUCCUAUGCCAUCGGAAACGCCACUGAACUCUUCAUCCGUGAGACUGAUGACAAGAACGUCAGGGUGAUGCUGCUGAUGACUGAUGGCUCCGAUCAUCCACGGAGUCCCAACAUCCUGGCUGCCACCACCGAGGCCAAAGGACACAACAUCAAACUUUUCACCAUCAGCUUGUCAUCACAGGGCAGCCAAAACAGCGCCAAGCUGCGAGCCAUGGCUAGCAGUCCGGUGCAGCAGUUCGUGCACAACCUCAACGAUCCAGACCUCGAAGAAAGACUACUUCAGGAGCUUAAAAAAGUGGCCAAUAAUGAAUGUCCACGAGUGCAAGCGUGUGUGUGUGAGAAAGGAGACAGAGGCGCUCCGGGACACCCUGGGAAAAAAGGAGAUCCAGGGAUUGAAGGACUGCCGGGACCGAGAGGGGAAAAGGGACACACUGGACCUGCAGGACCCCCGGGACUGGAUGGGCCUGAGGGACGACCCGGGUACAAAGGUGCUAAGGGCGACAGAGGAGAAUGUGGAGCUCCUGGAUCAAAAGGAAAUAAGGGUGCUGAAGGACCGAGAGGACUGAGAGGAGUCAGAGGAGAGCGGGGCCCUCAAGGGCCACCAGGGGAUGAAGGACCUGAAGGACAGCAAGGCCCCAAAGGAGAUCGUGGAUAUCCUGGUGCAGCUGGACCUCGAGGGGAUAUCGGUAUUGGAUUUCCUGGUCUUAAGGGGGACAAGGGAAACCAGGGAAGACCAGGUCCUGUAGGUCCUGUUGGAACAGGUGAACCAGGCCAAAUUGGACCACCAGGACUUCGAGGGCUUCAAGGGGUUCCUGGCUUCCCAGGAGAGGGGAUAAUAGGGCCAAAGGGGGAUCGAGGUUACAACGGUUCCAUUGGAGCACGCGGACCACCAGGUUUUGGCUUCAAGGGCGAAAAGGGUAAUCCUGGGCCUCCUGGGCCUCCUGGUUCCAUAGGGGCCCCUGGAUUGGGAAUUCAAGGAGAAAAGGGAACCCAGGGUCCAAUAGGUCCUCCAGGUCCCAGAGGGAUCCCAGGGAUAAGCAUCGCUGGUGAAAAGGGAGACCGUGGCCUACCAGGAGAACGUGGACCACCAGGACAGAAAGGUGUCGGAGAGCCAGGAGCUAAGGGGGAGCCUGGCUUUCAAGGUCUUCCAGGAGAGCCAGGUGCUCCAGGAGAAGAAGGAGCAAGAGGACCAAAGGGUGAAACAGGUGUUCCUGGGCCUAGAGGACUAGAGGGACCACCUGGUAAAGGUCUACCUGGAGAAAAGGGAGAGCAAGGAGAGAGAGGACCAAGAGGACAACCAGGAGUCAUGGGACCAGUGGGCAAAGUGGGGUCCAAGGGAGAACCAGGAGGUUUGGGGCCUCCUGGGAUAAUUGGACCUCCAGGAAGGGGAAUACCAGGCAGUAAGGGGGAUCCUGGACCACCGGGACCUCCAGGACUUGUUGGAGAAACAGGAAUAGGGAUCCCUGGGCCAAAGGGUGAACGAGGACUACCUGGACCUUUAGGACCACCAGGACUGAAGGGAGAUGGCUAUCCUGGACCGCCUGGUCCUCCAGGCAGCCAAGGACAACCUGGAGAGCCCGGUCCAGCAGGGACAGGAUUUCCAGGACCAAAGGGGGAUCAAGGUUCUGCAGGUCCUCCAGGGCCAGUGGGCCCACCAGGAAUUGGACGUUUAGGCCCGAAGGGUUCUAUAGGUCAGACUGGCUCACCUGGCCCACCCGGGCUGCCAGGAGAGGGAAUCCAAGGCCCAAAGGGUGAGCUUGGAUUCCAAGGAAUAGUGGGACCAAGAGGAGCCCCAGGAGAGGGUUUGCCUGGGCAAAAGGGGGACCGUGGGUUUUCUGGAGAACGAGGACGCAAAGGGGACAAAGGAGGACAAGGAGAACCAGGACAAACAGGGCCAGUGGGUAGACCAGGUCAGAAAGGAGAACCCGGACUAACUAGAGAAGAAGUUGUCAAAUUAAUCAAAUCCAUUUGUGGCUGUGGUGUGACUUGCAGAUUCAACCCCCUGGACCUGGUUUUUGUGAUCGACAGCUCGGAGAGCGUGGGUCCUGAGAACUUUGACAUCAUAAAGGACUUUGUGAACACCCUGAUCGACCGUGUUUCUGUCAGACCCAAUGUUACACAUGUUGGGAUUGUGCUGUAUAGUCACAUGACUGAGGUGAUCGCUGAUCUGUCUCGAUCCCUGAGCCGUGAUGAGGUGAAGUCCGCUGUACGUCGAAUGCCCUACAUGGGGGAGGGAACCUACACAGGAAGUGCCAUCCAUAAAGCUAAUCAGCUGUUCCUUUCGGGCCGACCUGGAGUUCGGAAAAUGGCAGUGGUGAUUACAGAUGGCCAGGUGGACCAAAGAGACCUGGUUAAGCUGGAGGAUGCAGUGCAAGAUGUGCACUCCAGCAACGUCGAGAUGUUCGUCAUUGGUGUGGUGAAUCAGAGUGAGCCGUUUUAUGAGAGCUUCAAGAGAGAGCUCGAGUCCAUCGCCUCUGAUCCAGAUGAGGAACACAUCUAUCUGAUUAGUGACUUCAGGACACUCACAGCUCUGGAGAGUAAGCUGUUGGUUAAACUCUGUGAGAACAAUCACGACUUCUUGUUCAGUCAAACGCCCAGCCCUGAUCUCGUCCCUGUAACCCCCAGACUCCCAUUUUAUGAUGAGGAACUAUGGAGGGGGACAUACACCUUUAAAACAGACCACACACAGCCAGGAGCAUUAGAAGGGAUCUUAGACAGCACCAGAGCUCCGUUCAUCAGUGGUGAGAACCAGAACAGUCAGAAUGAUCUGUGGCCUAUCAGAUACAGUUCUGAUCCAGGAAAACCCUUAGAGAGACUGGAACCCCACAUGACCAGCACCACCACCACCACCAAGCCACACCUGAUACUGAUUCAGGAUGAAUUUAGCAAAGACGAUGCCUGCAUGCAGCCACUCGACCCCGGACCAUGUCGCACGUACGUGGUGAAAUGGUAUUACGAACCCAAGGCCAACUCCUGUGCUCAGUUCUGGUUUGGAGGUUGCCACGGCAACGGUAAUCGGUUCGACACAGAGAGCAUCUGCCGGAAAUCCUGUGUCAUAAACUAAACCACCUCUUGCUGACCAUUAAGUAAUGAAAAACCAAGGCUAUGAAACAAAGAGUAUUUCCUUUUAUUUAUUGAAGCCAAGCAGUGGACUGUUAAAGGCGGGGAGGUUGAGGAGGUGGACGAACACGGGUGCUAACACUGGGCCUCACUUAUCAAAUCUCUCGCAAGCGCGUUCACACAAGAAACGAGCUGCUCAUGAAAGUGUAAAAAUGUUCAUUUUGCUCUCAUUUUGUUUCAUUAAUGUGAACCUCGAAUGACCAGCUUCGAAUCAUAUAACUGCUGAUGACUUACUGCGAUUUUAUAUACUGAUUAUACGAUCAAGUUUCAAUCACAUACAUGGUAUAUUUCAAUAGGAUUAGUAAUUAAAUUAGGACAGAAGUACA